AUGACAGAGAACCAAAAGAAAAAAGAACUAAAGCUUGUGAGAAGGAAUAAGAAGGGAACCCUUACGAGAGCACUAAAAGUGUUGAGAAACCAGCAAAAGGAAGAAUUAAUUAUCCAAGACUUGAAAGAUAGAGUUCAAAAAGUAGAGAAAUUGUUUGAAGCAAUUGAGGAGAGCCACGGUGAGCUUGUCAGCUUGAUUGAAGAUGAAGAGGAAUUCCUAGAGGAAGAACAAUGGAUGGAAAGGUGCCAAACAGAGUUUAUGGCAGAGAUGAAUGCAAUGAAAAUUAAUAUGACAGACCAAGGGAAUCAGUCGAAGCAAACUACAAGUGCUCAAGCAGUUAGUAGCAGUAGCAGUGGAGUGGCAGAGAUGAAACCGACGUUGAAGUUAAAACGGAUGGAGUUACCAGUGUUUGACGGAGAUGUGAAGAAGUACAGUAGAUUUAAAGAAGAUUUUACCAGAUUUGUUCAGCCAUCCACACAUCCGGAUCAGUUAGCAUUUGCCCUCAGGCAAGCAUUAAGUAGGGACCCCUUGAGAAUUAUAGGACCGGUCGAGGACGAAUACGAGAAGAUGUGGUUGAGGCUAGACGAGAGAUACGGGUGUGAAAGAAAAUUAGUAGAAGCAAUAAUCAAGGAGGUGGAAAACAAGAAGGAAGUAAGAGAAGGUGAUGGAAAGAAAUUAAUAGAAUUCAUUGACGUAGUAGAAAGCAGUUACAGAGCCUUAGUGAAAAUCAAGCAAAAAAGUGAAAUGUCAAAUAUGAAGGUUCUUGGUGAGAUCGAGAGAAAGCUACCUGAUACGGUGUUCCAGAGAUGGGUGAGAGAUAGAAUAAAGACCGAAGAUAAAAUGGCAGAGAAGGAAGAUGUAAUAGUGAUGUUGAUUGAGUUUUUGAAGACGGAAAGAAAGAGAGUUGAGUAUACUAUGGAAACUAUGAGAAGUAACAAUUCGAGCCGUCAACAAAUACCUAAAUCGUCUGCGGUCCUAGCGGCGGAUGUUCAAAGAGUACCACAACAACUCUGUUUAAUACAUGAUGGUGCCAGACAUAACACAGAGGAGUGCAAGUCUUACAUGGCACUCAAAAUUGAAGAUAGAGUAAGCAUACUAAAGGACAAGAGGGCAUGUUUCUGCUGCCUAAAGACAGGACAUAUUGUUGCAAGAUGCUGGAAGAAGAGGCCGUGUGGAAAGAAUGGUUGUACACGGGUGCAUCAUCCUUCCAUACAUUUUUUGGUAGGAGACCAGAAGAGCCAGCAGUCAGGAACAAUGGCCACCAUACAAAACAACAUGCACAACAAUGAGGUUGGGUGCUUAUUGCAAGUUAUGAGUAUUAAGUGCAGAAAAGGACCCUGUCUAAACGCCAUGUUUGACAGUGGAGCAAUGUCCUCACUUAUAACACAUGAGGCGGCACGUGUCAUGAAGGCGAGAGGAAAGCCGGUGACCAUAAAAAUUACUAAAGUGGGAGGUGAAUCAAGCACAAUAGAGACAACACGAUACCAGGUGCCACUCAUAGAUAAGAAUGGGGAAGAAGUAGUGAUCGCCGCAUAUGGCAUUGAGAAAAUUACAGCGAUG